CGACAAGCGGCGGGAUUGCAGACCGAGGAUGAUUGAAGAUGCCAGCGCGGCUCGUGCAGGACGAGUUGCUGGAUCUUCAGCCGCAGAUAUUAACAAAAAGAGUAGCAGUAGCACAGCAAGAAACCGAAAUGUCGCCGCCGCUGUCGACACCACCGGAAGAGGGAGCGCACUAAGUGAUCGUACUGUCGGUGCACCAAGCAAGAUUUCCUUUGCUGAUCUGCUCCACGGUAGAGAACAACAGACUAGUUCCACCUCCUCCUCCGCCUUUGCAUCCGUUUUUCCCCGAGCGCCCGAUGCUUUGCCGAUAGCUUCGACGGAUGGGAGUAUAAAAGCCGUGGAGAGCGCGAGCGCCGCUGCCAUUAGCAUGGAGCAGCCAGCAUCAGGUGAAUACAAUGCCCUGGAUACGAAAAGAGGAGCAGCUUCUUUGCUAGACGUCGGGAAGGCGUCUCCUCACGACGUCGAGCUGGUUCGGAGAAAAGAGGAAACGGAACUGUGUCGAGUGGCAGCGCAGAUUCAGCAGGGUGGUUGCGACUCGCUGCUACUCGAACUCCCGCGGAGUUUGCGGUUCCUGGCCUCUGAAUUCUUUUCUGACCAUCGCAGUACAGGUGUUUUUCUGCAGGAGCCCACUGGUGGAAUUAUCGGCCGCGGAGGGGGUCCUGAAGUUUUCCAUGACAACAAGAGCAGUUCCCGCUUGCGCGCCACUUCGCAGAUCGAGGGGUUUGUGCGGUUUCCGUUGACUAAGUGCCACGUGGCGCUGGCGGGCCGGUACGUGCUUCUUAGAUUCAAAAACCAGGGCGAUCUGACUCACGCGGUGAUCGCGACGCGGGGUCGCGACAAGCUCCUAUCGGUUCCGAAGGCGCCGAUCGGCGGUAGCACACCAACGGGCAGUAGAAAUCAUUCGAGCAUCAAGCCGGUCUCGUACAAUUUGUACGCAGGGAACCAGCGCUCCAAGGAACACUAUGAGGAGUCGCUAUUCCAAUUCCGCCUGAGCCUGGUUAAGGCAGACGAGGUCCUUCAGGCCGCAACGGUGUACCAGCAGAAUCCUGUCCUGAUGCGACUGCGACGCAUCGACUUUUUGCCGCAGGUACAACAGCACGCACAAGCAACUACAACCAAAUUGAACAUGGCGGCACAGCUGCGGCGGAAGUUCUUUCGGAGAUUCGCCGCGAAGGCCCUGAAUUUCUCACCUGAGACCGACGCUGAAUUGAUCGACACAACCGCCGAUCAACUCGAGAAGCAGUGGGACCGUGCGAAGGUGGUGCGAGAAAUCAAGGUCCGCGCGCUGCCCGCAACCUCAGCGACACCGACAGCCUUAGGAAGUGGUGCAGCUCAGGAGCAAAUGGUGAAUUCGGAACUCCACAAUGUGAAUGUGUCUCGUGCCAGUAACUCGCAGAGCAACAAAAGGGCUCGCGAUGAGGGAAGAACAGACCCGCAGAAGAAAAGCCACUUUCGUGGUGAUUGCGUGAACGUGUCCCGAAGCGGAUUUACGCUCUCAGCUAAGAAGUUGAAUUUCGUGGAACGCCAGGCGCAGCUGCUCCACCGACAUCAGGCGUAUAAGGUGAAAAUUGCGAAGCACGCGCUUACGAACGGAGAGGUGUUGAAUAAAGCGAAGUCCACGUCGACGACGAGUGCGGGUCAACUGUCUUUGGCGAUGCAGAAUAUGACAGAUGAGGAGAUUUCUUGGCUCCCGCCGAAGGAGCGGGAGCAGAUUCAGAAGGCAAAGCUGGCGGCCGCGCGGGCGCGGGAUCAGCAGCGUGCGCUCAGCCGCACGGCGACGGGCUCGGGGAUCUGGGACGUGACCACAACGUCGACGUCUGCAUCCGGCACCAAAAAGGCACUGGCGUCGCUCACUGCCGCGCAGCAGCAGUGUCUGUUUGGCAAUGAUUCGGCGUACGUGGCACUCGACCCGAAGAGCCAGAGUAUGUGGAUAAAUUUCGUGAAGCAGAAAAAAACAGGUGCGGAAACUACCAUCGGAAAAGCGACCCCGUCGGCGCAUUUGGUUCCCUUGCAGGAAGGGGAUUUGAUUGACCUAAUGCACCCCUCGGAAUACGAUCCAAGUAACAUUCCCUUUCCGCCCUUUUCCUUUCGCUACCGUGUGGAAUACGUCAACGGACCGCCUUUGCUGGACUUCGUCUUGGAGCACCGACCGAUAUACUGUCGAAAGCUUUUCUCGUCUCUCGACUUGGCCACAGCAUUCGAACAAGAAGUUGUAACGGGCACAAAAUCUUCGUUGAAAAAGAGUAUUAGGAGCGGAGCAGCCCUUGUGGAUGUGCAAUCCGACCCUCUUAUGCAGGUUCAUUGCUCACCUGUCAUCGAUUCUGCCCGGCAGAAAAUGCGAUUUGUGUUGCUGCAGAAAUUCCUUUGCUUCUCGUUUCUUAGGACUUUGAACCUUAGCAGCAAAACGUCACACGGUGUUGUCGUUCCGCUCUUGGUGGAGGACCUUUGCAAGGACCGCGCGCACCCAGAGUCGCUCCAAGAAAUUUCUGACCUCUUUCCCGACAGCACGUCAGACGCAGACGAUGCUGUAGUUGCGGGGCCCUCGUCCGGCAUUGAAGAGCAUGGAAAUAAUGUGGAUCGAGUCGCGGGUCCGGGUGAUAUGAUUAGUGGCAUGAAGAUGGAGUUCGAAGAUGACGAGCCUGCUGCUCAGACUUUUGCAGUAGAAGUAGAUGAGAACCACGAUCCACCCCAAGAACGUCGAGAAAGUGUUGAAGGUAGCACGGUACCACGCGCCGCGCAGGCACACCAGGAGAAUGGGGACACCGAACAAAAUAGCGGAAGCCAGAACGUCGACCCAAUGUUCUUGCAAAUGGAUGCCGAAAAGAAGGACGAACUCGCGCGGCUGGCGCUGACUGUUCCGCUUGCUGUGCGACAAGCUCAAGAGCAAGAAGAGCGAUCACACCGGCCCCCGCCUCCCCCUCCUGCUCCUCCUGUGGUGUUAGCUCGAGCAGCUAGCUCUUCGCCUCUACCGAGCCCUGCGGCUUCGCUUUUCUCCAAAGCAGCUGGCAUGUCGGCAAUGGCGUUGCCCGCGCAGAGUGCAACCCUUUCUCGAGCGGACCCUCCACCACCACUGCCGAAAAGUGUGUUUGCACAACAGCCGACGGCUUCUAGUGAACUCCAAGGGGCUGGCGCUGGUGCUUCUCGAAAGGUCAUGCCGCCACCACCGCCAAAGUUGCCAAAGUCAGCACGAGGCACCAAGGGGGGAGCGGGGGUAUCUAACGAACAGCCCGCAGCUGCAACCGCGCCUGUGUCGAACGCGGUGGACCGGGAAGAUCUGCAGUACUUGCUCGAUGCGCUGCGCCCGCCCCCACCUCCGCCGCGUGCGCCGCGAUAGAAAUCAAGGCUUAGCCUCGACGGUUUGUUCAACAUGGUGAUUUUUAAUCUCUUGAACUGUUGCAAAUGCAACUGAUGUAUGAGGGUAUUUGAGCUGAUGUUCUUGCAGCUUCUUUGAUAAGAUUAUUGCCUCUUCUAGUAGUAGUUCAUCGAAUAUGAAUUCCUCAUCACUUUAUCUUUUACUAUUCAGUGCCGCGUUUCCCAUCGUCCUUCACGCGGAUCACCUUUUUAGGUUUUCAGCGAUAAAGACGCAGGUGUACUUCUUGCCGCAGUUUAUGUUGAAGUCGAUGUUGAAUUUUUUGCACGUCCUGCUAUUGCUGCACUUCACUACGCUGCUCGUUUCUGUUGCGAAAGAUGAUGACUGACUGUGACAUUGUUACAACUUCCUGUCAGAAUUUUGCGAAAAAACGAAGACGAAACAACAGCGACACAAAAGAAAACGAAAAGUAUACUUGUACAUGAACUGCAUGACAGAGCUACAGUUGGC